AUGGAACCCAUAAGUAACCUAAGGGAUACUCGUAAAAAUCCUUGCAUUGUCAUAGGAGACUUAAAUUCAUCUUACACAGGGAUGAAAAAGAAGGAGGCAAUCAGCAUGUCUUAUAUUGGUAAUCCUUUCACUUGGACAAAUAUAAUAGAUGGAAAUGAUCUCAUUCUUGAAAGGAUAGAUAGAGCCCUCACCUGUUAUGAAUGGAUCAACAUUUAUAAUAAUGCUGCCCUUUAUCAUCUUACUGAUGUAGGAAGUGACCACUGUCCUGUUAUGCUUCUCACAAACAAUUAUUUCAUUGUCUUAGAAAUACUAAGUAUGGGCUUAGGCACUGAAGUUAUCACCAAUUUUGGAAAUAUAGGUACUCAAAUAUCAAAUUUGGAAGCUCAACUUUCUGAUCUUACUGGAAAUAGUAAUAUACAUAAUAACAACAGGGUAAAUGAGCUAACCCAAAAGCUCAAAUAUUGGUAUGAUAUUGAAGAUGAUUUUUGGAGACAAAAAGGUAAAGAAUAUUUCUUGCUUAAUGAUGAUAGAAACACUGCUUAA